AUGUCGGGUUGGGUUCACAACACCAAUGCCGCCGUCGCGCGCUCCGCCGUGGGCAGGUACUUUCGUCUUGAGGGAUCUGGUCAUCCCAAAGAGCGAAAGGGAAGCUACUUCUUCACUGAGUUCCGCGCCGGUCUGGCCACCUUCUUCGCCAUGGCCUACAUCAUCUCUGUCAACUCGUCCAUUCUGGCUGACAGUGGUGGCACAUGUGUUUGCCCCGCAGAGAGCAUGGCUGAUUUGUGCGUCACAAACGAGGAGUAUCUCUUGUGCAAAGAGGUCAUCAAGCGAGAUCUCGUUACUGCAACAGCUGCCAUUUCUGCUUUGACGACGUUUUGCAUGGGUUUGUUCGCCAACAUGCCCAUUGCUCUUGCUCCUGGAAUGGGUCUCAAUGCCUACUUUGCUUAUACGGUUGUCGGUUUCCACGGUUCCGGUAUGGUACCAUAUCGAGUUGCACUUACUGCUGUUUUCGUCGAAGGUUUCGUCUUCGUCGGCCUUACGAUUCUUGGUAUCCGACAGUGGCUUGCGAGAGCUAUUCCAGCCAGUAUCAAGCUUGCAACGGGUGUUGGCAUCGGUCUCUACCUUACCAUCAUCGGUCUCUCUUAUUCCGCUGGUCUCGGACUCAUCACCGGCGCGCAGUCGACUCCACUAGAGCUUGCGGGAUGCCAGGUUGAAUUCCAGGACGACUUUGGCGUCUGCCCAGGAAGCCAUAAGAUGAGGAACCCGACUGUGUGGAUCGGCAUCUUUUGCGGCGGUAUCAUGACGGUCAUGCUGAUGAUGUAUCGUGUCAAGGGUGCGAUCAUCUUCGGUAUUCUUCUGGUCUCUAUUAUCUCCUGGCCACGUCACACUGAUGUCACCUACUUCCCGUACACUACGGUCGGCAACUCCUCUUUCGACUUCUUCAAGAAGGUUGUCACGUUCCAUCCGAUCGAGAAGGUCUUGGCCGUACAGGAGUGGAACGUGUCCCAGCAUGCAGGCCAAUUUGGGCUGGCUUUCAUUACCUUCCUCUAUGUCGAUAUUCUUGAUUGCACUGGUACCAUGUACUCUAUGGCACGAUACUGCGGAGCUAUCGACGAGCGCACCCAAGAUUUCGAGAACUCGUCCAUUGCUUACACCAUUGACGCAAUGGGUGUUACCAUUGGCAGUCUGUUUGGUUGCUCUCCCGUCACUGCCUAUAUUGAGUCCGGUGCAGGUAUCUCUGAAGGCGGCAAAAGUGGUCUCACAUCUAUAUUCACGGGCCUGUGUUUCUUCAUCGCCAUCUUCUUUGCGCCAAUCUUCGCUUCGAUUCCCCCAUGGGCUACCGGUAGCACUUUGAUCAUCGUUGGUUCUCUGAUGGCUCAAUCAUCCAAGGAUAUCAACUGGCGUUACAUGGGUGACGCAAUUCCCGCUUUCCUCACCAUUGCUAUCAUGCCCUUCACCUACUCGAUUGCCUACGGCCUGAUCGCUGGUAUCGUGUCGUAUAUCCUCAUCAACACCCUUGUCUUCAUCAUCGAGAAGGCUUCCGGCGGCCGUAUUGUUCCUCCCAACAAAGACGAGAAGGAGCACUGGACAUACCGUAUUCCCGGUGGCAUCCUGCCACCUUGGGUCAGGAGGCUCACCAGCGGAAAGAAAGACUUCUGGAAGCGCGAAGAGGAGAUGAACGGUGUUAACGCGCCUAAUACUGCACGCGAGAGCGAGAGCAGCUCCGCCCACCAGGUUGACAAGGAGUUCGUUUCCGAGAAGCAGCCUACCAAAGUUUCUUAG